AGGUCCGCGAGUGAAUGCAAAUGUUGAUGUCGUUUGGUAUAGAUUGUGUGUUUUUCAAACUCUUAAAUCGCCCAAUUGAAAGACAUGAUUCCAGCUGAAGUUGGAUUGCGCGUUGUUCGAGGACCAGACUGGAAAUGGGGUGAUCAAGACGGUGGCGAAGGUUGUGUAGGAACAGUCGUCGAGAUCGGACGCAGUGGAGCCAGUUCUCCUAGCGACACCGUGAUUGUGCGAUGGGACGGAGGGACCAAAACGAACUACAGAGUCGGCUAUCAAGAUGCUUACGAUCUUCGUGUUGUCGACAACGCUACUGUUGGGGUUAGGCACGGUAACAUCGUCUGCGACGCAUGCAAAACCCGCGGCGUCCUAGGAUUCCGAUGGCGUUGCAUAGUCUGUGACGACUAUGAUCUAUGCACACCUUGCUAUAUGGCCGAUAAGCACGAUCCAAAGCAUGCAUUUUCACGACAAGAUGUCCCUGGUUCUCGGCCAAUCGAAGUUGGCCCCAGGAGAUUGGGGGGAGCAGGUGGAAGGAGCAGCCAGCCAGGAGCUACACGAGUAGUUAUGCAAGGGAUUUUUGUUGGCGCUCGUGUUCAGCGGGGGCCCGAUUGGGAUUGGGGUAACCAAGACGGAGGCAAAGGGAAAGUCGGCCGCGUGUUGGAUAUUCGUGGCUGGGAUGGAGAGUCCGGUCGUUCAGUAGCAAAUGUAAUCUGGGCUUCCGGCAUUACAAAUGUCUACCGCGUCGGACACAAGGGAAAAGUGGACCUGACAACUGUAACAGGCGCAAAGAACGGAUUCUAUUAUCCAGAUCACCUUCCAGUGCUCGGGUCUUGCGUUGUUUCCGGUUUCCCAUCCACCAUCGCAGUUUCUUCACAAGCGCGAAUCGUCCCUGCAUCAGCCGCACCGGCCGCAGUAACAGUUACCUCGCCGCAGUCGCCUCCAGUCCCGAUAGAAUCCACGACAAGGUUCAUCGUAGGAGAAAAGGUGACAGUCAUACGCGACGUGAAUCAGUUGAAAGCCUUAGCGGAGGGUCACGGGGGUUGGAAUCCUAAAAUGGCAGAUGUCGCUGGCAAGACGGGUGUAGUUCACAGAAACACGGACAGGGGAGACGUUCGCGUCCAAUUUUUAGCUGGGUUGAAAUGGACGUUCCAUCCCUUGGCUCUGACCCAAGCCCCGCACGAAUUCGCUGUGAAUGACGUUGUGCGGGUGAUCACGGAUCGGAGUCUCGCCAUGGAACUGCAACGAGGACAUGGCGAAUGGAAUGAAUCUAUGCGAGAAGCUUUGGGCAAAAUUGGUCGCGUUCAAAAGGUUUACCCUGAUCGGGACUUGCGUGUCUGUGUAGAUGGCGCUACUUGGACUCUGAAUCCAGCGUGUGUUACGCUUGUUCCCGGCUCUUCCGUGGACAUUUCCAAUUCGAUGCCAUCGUUGAUCGCUGUUGGUGCUGGCGAAGAUCCGCCUGCGUCACAGAGUUCGGUGAUAGGAGUCGAAUCUGAACACAUGCAACAUCGCAAUCCAUUGCCUUCCGUUGCGAGUUAUUCCACUGGCUCAUCAGCUGCUGAACGUGCUAUGCGAGCUGCCGCUGAAGGGGACGUUGCGAGUUUACGAGAAGUUUUGGCAAGGUGUCCUGAAUUGGUCAAUAGUCGCGUGAGCGGGAAAACUGCACUACAGGUCGCCAGUCAUCAAGGACACGUAGAAGUUGUUCGCCUUCUCCUCGGCUCUUCCGCUAGAGCGGCGAAUGUAGCUGAUGAUGAAGGGGACACGGCGUUGCAUUACGCAGCCUUCGGGAAUCAGCCGGAAGUGAUCGACCUUCUUCUCACGAUGGGAGAUGCGAAUGUGAUCGCGGUCAAUAAUGCUCAAUGCACCGCUUUGCACGUUGCCGUCAACAAACAGUUUUCGGCGUGCGUGCGGGUCUUACUGCGGAGUGGAGCCGACGUGAAUAUGCGGGACUCUUACGGGGAUACCGCUUUGCACGAUGCAGUGAGCAAGCGAAGUGCGGAUAUCCUGGGCCUGUUGAUAGCAGUUCCGGGUUGUGAUCUGAGUGUUAAAAAUAUGCGUGGUUUCAAUCCUUUGCAUCUGGCGGCGCGUGAUGGAAACAACAGUGCUGUGGAAAAAAUCCUGGAAUGUUCUCGCCAGCUAGUCGAUGCGCGGAAGGAUGACGGAUUCACGGCGCUGCAUCUGGCCGCGUUAAAUGGCCACUUAUCCGUGGCCAGGUCCCUAGUCAGCCUCGGCCGGUGUCGCCUGGACGCACGCACGAAUCGCGGCCAAACUGCGCUCCACUUGGCUUCCGGACAGCGACACGGAAAUUUGGUGGAAUUCCUGGCGAGUGCCUCGGGCGGCGAUGUAAGUCUGCUGAAUGCCGUCGAUGACGACGGAGGCGACACCGCCAUUCACCUGGCCCUCGCGGGAAGCAUCAUCGGUUUUAAUCCUGCUUGUCGGGCCCCGGCGUGUCCUCCUGAAAACGCACCUGUCGCCAAUCUCACUUUCAUGGAGAUACUACAGCAAGUGUCUGAAGACGUUCCAACGGAUUCCGCUUCUCUAGAAGCUUUGAACGCGUUUGCGGUUGCCUGUCUGUUGGCGUCGCGAGGCGCCUCUUUAACACUGGCUAAUCACAGCGCAAAGUGCUCGACGGACAUUGUGCCGAACGAGUCAUGGAAGAAUCUUUUGUUGUCGUACCAACGCGCGGCUUCUAACCCGGGAAGCGAAGACGAUUCGGAAUCUAGGGUGGAAGAGGCGGCCCCGGAAGUGGCGACGAUGUUGGUUGCCGACUUGGCAGAGUGCAUAGUGUGUUGCGAGGAGCCGCCUGCGCUGACUUUCCUGGCGUGUGGGCAUGCGAUUGCGUGCUUUGACUGUGGGAUCAAGAUGAAGAAGUGUUUAAAGUGUGGUUUGAAAAUUGAUGGGAAGCUUGGUGCUGAUGGUCGACCGGUGAACUGCGGUGCUCCGGGGAAGGAGAAUGAUCGACCAUUUCGACAUCAGUUCAAUGGCAUGAACACUCAAAAGUAUGUGGAUGCCGUCGCCUCGGAAAGCGGCGAACAUGGUCAAGUGAUAACGAGUCGUCUGCGAGAAUUAGAAGAGCGGAUAGCUGAGAUGGAAGAGGUCCAAACCUGUUCAAUCUGUAUGGAACGGCGGAAAAACGUGGUGUUCAUUUGCGGGCACGUCAUGGCUUUGAACGUUCCGAUUCUCCGCCCGACUGCACGCAUGUUCAGUGCUGCAGCAGCAGCUAAACCCAAGGCUGCCUCAGCCCCUCAGAUUUCGCGAGAGGUAAAAUCUUCUACUACCCCUUCUGGAGUUAUCGUCGCCUCUACGGAAUGUCUGAGCCCAAUCUCCCGAGUCAGCAUUGCCAUCAGAGCCGGCUCCCGCUACGAAAAACCGAAAUCCGUGGGUGCUAGCCACAUGUGCCGCAUCAUUGCUGGGCUGGGCUCCAAGAGCGCGUCGCAGAUCUCGAUUGUACGCAAUCUGAACCAGAUCGGCGCCUCUUUGACGUGCACUGGAUCCCGAGAAUACCUCAUUUACGACGUUUCUUGCGUCAAGGACUACCUUCCGACGGCGAUGAAGUACUUGAGCGAGGCUUCCGUCAAUCCUGGAUUGAAGCCCUGGGAAUUGUCUGACAACCUGCCGAGGCUUCGCGUGGAACUGGCUUCAGCGUGCUACUCGAAUGAAGUCGCCGUCCUCGAGCUGCUGCAUAAGGCUGCGUAUCGCGGACAGGGGCUCGGGAAUUCGAUUUACGCACCUGCGCACAACAUCUCACAUCUUUGCCCCAACACGAUGGCGCAGUUUCUUGAGGAAACCUUCACGACUAAGCGGGCGGCCGUCGUCGGGGUCGGAGUGGAUCACGCGUUGCUCGAAGAUUUCGCUUCCGCCUUGCCCCUGGCCGGCGGAGACGGAGUUGCGUCAUCUGGUAAAUACGGCGGUGGGGAAGUUCGUAUCGAGUCCGGAGGCUCGUCCACCUCAGUUGCAGUGGCCUAUGAGGGGGCUGGUUGGAAUGACCCGAAGAAGGCCAUAACAGCUGCAGUGUUACAGCAGGCCCUCGGCACUGGGCCGCACGUUCUUCACGGCGACGGAGCAGCCCCAUUACAACAGGCAGUUAAGGGUGUCACUGAUGCCUAUGCAGUUACCGGACUGAACGCCAGCUACUCGGAUUCUGGACUCAUCGGACUGGUACUCAGCACUGGGGCCGGUGAUGCUGGAAAGGCUCUCAAGGCGGCGUUGUCGGCACUGAAAGGGUCGAUUUCGGACGCGGAUGUCAAGCGAGGCAAGAAUCAGCUCUCGUCCACGAUUUGGGCGAUGAACGACUCUCCUGCUGGUUUCACGGAAUUAACUGGCGAGAUUUCCAUUGUCACCAAGAAAGUUCAUGCCGCCUCCGAUUUACAAUCCCUGAUCGACUCGGUUACGACCAGCGAUGUGAACAACCUGUUGAAGAAAGCAACCAGUGGAAAGGCGAGCAUGGGAGCAGUAGGGAACCUAACAAAUGUGCCGUUUUUGGACGAGUUGUAAAAUUUCGAAGCCCUCGCGUUUUUAGUCUCGCAGUGGUGCAAUCCCUCUUCUCUGUUAAUCGGUUACGAAAGAAUUUUUCUGUUUAGUGAGCCAAUGGGCGAUGCAAAAUACAACUUCGAAUUGGACUGUGGUUCACUGAUA